AUGUCGGCCACAGAUCAACACUCGCCCUACGGCAACGGCGACGCGGAUGCCAAUCAGCAACAGUCCAGCAGCUCCGGUCCCAUGCGAACCAACGACAACAAGUCCGACGACAGAGAUAAAAAGGGUCCCAUCGCUGCCCCCGUCAAGAGCGCUUGCACCUUUUGUCGAUCCCGCAAAUCGCGAUGUGACGGAAACAAGCCCUGCUCUGCCUGCGUAGGUCGUGGGCGUCCUGACGAAUGCCUCUACACAGUCUCGCGCCGUGGAGGCAAGCCCAAGCCCAAGGUAGAUCCUACCCAAGACCUCCAGAGCCAUCUCAACAAGCUCUUUGCCAUGACCGACAUGCCCUACGCUUUCCGUCGUCCAGGAGGCCUUGCAGGUCCAUCGGCUGCGGAUGCUUCUGCUGCUCAGGGUAUGCAGUCACAGCCACAGCAGCCGCAGCCGCAGCCGCAGCAGCAGCAAGUGCAGCCUCAUUCGAGCGUCUUCAACAUCCCCACCCAGUACCAGUCCUUUGAUCCCUCCGUCCUCCAGCAGCCUUCCUCCCUUCCCAGCGGUCUGCAGAUGCAGCAGCCUCACUCCGGUCUGCCAUCCGCACAGCAACAGGCAUCCGCAUUCUCGUAUGGCGAUCCCAUGCAAGAUCCCUUCGCAGGGAUCCCCGGAUUCCAGGCGGGCGGUUUCAUGCGAUAUCAGCUACCUGACGCUGCUCAACAGCCAUCAGCAUCGCAGAUGCUCAUGCAGUCGCAGCCGGCGCAACAACACCAACAGCAGCAGCAGCAUCAGCACCAGUCACCUUCUCAGCAAUUCAACGGCGCAGCUCUGCAAUCACAGAUGCACGGCUUACAGCAGCAGCAGCAGCAGCAGCAGCAGCAGCGGCAACCAGUACAGCAAGCUGCUCCGUCUAACACGACAGCGCAGCUAGCUACUACGUCGCCACCAGGUGCAGGCCCCGACGGUACGCGCAACCCUGCCGCCCUAUCGCCGCAUUCACACCAAAGCUCGACCGGUUGGGGACGCAUCGAUGAUGCAAUGACAGCGUAUCACGCCAGCUCCGUGGCCGCACCCAGCACUUCAAGCCAGUCCAACUCGUCGCGUCACACUUCCAUCGACAAUGUCGUCGAUUCUUCUAAGAUCAAGCCAUUGUCGUUCAAGACCCUCAAUGCCGCCGUCGCCGAGGCUGGCAGUGUCAAGGCGCUGCUGAUCGACUACUAUCGCUAUCUCUAUCGCUUCAUUCCCGUGCUUCCCCCUCCCAAGCACAUCGACGUGCUUGCCAAGUUCUUCAAACCCGACUCGGCCUUCAUCUACGCACUUCAGUGCGUCCUGCCCCUCCUGCGAGACGAGAUCCAACCGAUCGGUGCCAUGCACAAGCUAUCAGGCCAAGGCAUCAACUUUGGCUCCGACGAAAAGAAGGCGGCGCUUCGUGAGCGCACGCUCGCCUUUGAACGCAAAGCCAACGACGGCCUCGAUCAGUUGCUCGAGCAGGCCGACGGCGACGAAUCAGGCGAGAAGAUGCUCGAAGCGGUCCAGACACUGUGCGUGCUUGUCGUGUUCGAGUACGGCAGCGGACGUGCCAUCAAGGCGCGUCUCAAGGCAGAUCAGGCGCUCGGCCUCGCCAUGGGACAAGGACUGCACAAGCUGAGCCACAAGACGGCGCCGGGCGAGAACAAAUCGGCGCCGAGCAGCUUUGCGUACGUCUCCAACGCAGGUCAUCCGCUCACAGCCAUGGGCGUCGACCCCACCGACAUUUUUGAGAUGCGCAAGCGUUGCUGGUGGUCCGUGUGGAGCCUGGUGCUGUGGGCCGCUUACAACACAGGGCGCAUCCCCACCAUCCGUGCCGACGAUCCUCGUGUCAAGAGCGAGAUGCCGGUCGCAUCCAAUUCGGAUGUGUGGACCUCCAACAUCAGCUCGUUGCAGGCGCUUCUGCUGGUGCAGGAUCGUGUCUUGGCCCUCGCACAGUACGGCCAGUCGCAGGACGGCAACACCGGCGGCUUCGAGCCACCGCGCCGCGAAGCCUCGAUGUCGCCUGUGUCUUCUUCGGCCGGCUCGCCGUUCGCUUUCGGCCGUCUCGGCGCUUCGAGAUCCGGCUCCGUCAGUAGCGAUGAGGCUCCCGCCACCUUCUCCACCCUUCCGACCAAGGCGUCACGACAGGACAUUCUCAGCAGCAUGCUUGAGAUUGACAGCUUCCUCCAGGACCAAAUCCGCAUCCACGAAUCCACCGAGGCGCCCGACUCGCCAUUGCCUUCGGAAGUGCCGCUGACGGGUGACCUGGCGCAUGUGGAAAAGGAGCUCGAAGAUUCGCUGCGCAUGGCAGCGGCCGUUCAGCUCUACACCUCGUCGCUGACGCUGCACAUUGGUCAGGCCUUCCAGGGCGCGUCUCUGUUUGAACGCAAGCUGUGCUUCCUCAACUCGAUCAAGGAUAACAAGGACGGCUCGAGCUCGGCUGUCUGCCGUGAGCCCAUGCCUGUUCUUGCGCAUGACGGCACUCUCGACUUGACAUCCUACGCGACGGGCAACGGCAGCGCCAGCGGCAGCGGCAACCUCGACUUGACCUCGCUGGGCGCAUCUGCGGCGCCGACCAGCCUGACGCAGCAGGACCUGUACGCGCGUGGACCUUUCCUGCCGCGACUGUCGCUGCUCCGGUGUGUGCACGCCAGCCGCAAACUGCUCGACAUUGCCAAACGGCGUCACGGCCAGUCGGUCAACCCGAACCCGUUCAACUGCUGCAGCUUUGUGCUGAUCAGUUUCGUGCUCCUUAUGCAGGCACUGGCGGUGCACGGUGGGUUUGCGGGCGACGGCGCCAUGGGCGAGGAGGACCACCACGUGCAGAACGACUCGAUGAACGAGUUCAACGGCCAUGGAGAGUACGCCAACGACAGCCUCCAACGCGUGUUGGAUCACUCUGGAAUGGGCGACGAUGACAUGGUGGACGACUUUGUGCCCUCGAUCGAUCCUGUCAAGCAGGCGCAGCUGCGCGACAUCUGGGGACGUGUGCGCGAGGCGAGAGACACGCUGAUGGAUCUGGGCAAGCACUGGGAGGCCGUCGUGCCUAUGGCCGAUGAAGUCAACCUCUGCCUCGAGACAUCGCAACUGCUGCUCAGCAAUGCCUAUUGA